CCGGAUGACAGCGAACGGGGCGAGCUAGACGUGGCAGGUCAACACAACUCCGCACAGCACAGCGGCAGGCGGCAGGCGGGGCAGGAUGGGGCUGUGCAAGUGUUCCAGGAAGAAAGUCACCAACCAGUUCUGUUUCGAGCACGCCACCAAUGUCUGCGAGCACUGCAUGGUGGCAGAACAUCCCAGGUGUAUAAUUCAGUCGUACCUCAAGUGGCUGGACAACAGCGAGUACAACCCUGUGUGUCAAGUGUGCAGCUCUCUGCUGUCCUCCGGGGAGUGUGUGCGUCUGGUGUGUUAUGAUGUGUUCCACAAAGAGUGCCUCAAUGAGUGGGCCAGUCAGCUGCCACCAAACACAGCCCCUGCAGGAUACAAGUGUCCCGUGUGUUCUCAGCCUGUCUUCCCUGCUGCUAACCUGGUGUCCCCCGUGGCCGACUAUCUGCGGGAGACCCUGGCCGCCUACCCCUGGGCCAGGACGGGUCUUGGCUUGCCUUUGAUAGAGGAGAAGAAGACCCAAGGGGAGGUGGACUGGAGCACCUCGAAUGGAGUGGUGGUGAGCGAGAGUGACCACAGGCCUGCCACACACACUCAGCCCCCACAAACCCACACGGAGCCCCACACACACCAGCAGGAGUCACACCUGCGGGUAAACACACACGGUGCCUCAGUUGGUGGUGGUGGUGGUGGUGCAGGGAGUGGCAGCAGUAGUGGGAUGCGCGUCACAGCCAUGGAGGAUCCUCCCAUCACCCCAUCACAGUUCAGAGACCAUCAUCACCAUCCCCACCAUACUGCCACCACCUCCACCCCCUCCACGGCAGGCACCAGUGUGGCUCGGAAAGGCUCCUCCUCCGAUACCAAGGUGUUGUUGAGUGAUGAUUUGGACGUCGAUGAGAGUGAAAAUAAGUACAAGCGGAGAUCUGCGGUUGAGUGGUUUGGCCGCUGGUGGAGAACGAUGAACCGGCCAGCGUCACGCCACCACCAGGGCCUCACACUGGGGGUGCGGCGCAUGGUGGUGCUGCUUAUGGUGCUGGGGUGUGUGACGCUCUUUGUGGUGUUGUCUUACUUCAGUCGUGGUGCCUCAGACAACGACCCAAUGCUGGACCCCUUCAAUAACCCUAAUAUUCACAUUGAGGGUGAAUAGCAGGUGUUGUUAGGGCUUAGGUUUGGUUUUUGUUUGUGUGUGCGUGUGUGUAUGUUCCCCAGACUCCAGAACCGAAUGUGUCUUAUCAAUCAUGUUCUUUUUUUUUUCCUUUUUUGGUACGAGACAUAUUGGAUCACACUGUUAUGCUGUGAAGUCUUGAUUCUUUUUGUAUUCGUUCCUGUAUUUCAUCAAACGUUUUAUCCUUAAUGACACCUGCCACAUACAGAUUUUGUGGGCAAGAUAUCAUCAAGACAAUAAUUACAUGUAUGCAUAUUAGAAACCUUUUAAUAUACAAUCUCCUACUAGCCAAAGUGUUUCCAGCAUCAUUUCACUAACACACGUAUGCUGCCGAUUGUGAGCAGUGUUGUAGCUUUGCAGGGCAGCACACGGUUUUGAGUAACUAGAGACAUGUCAUUGUUUCGUCCAGGUGACUUUGCUCACAUCUUGUCUGCUCAAGUGAAAUUGUGGAAGUGUAACAAAGAACAGGAGUCUUAUGUACUUAGGAUUGUUCAAUGGAGCUCCAGUUUAGCAGUGUGUGUGUGUGUGUGUGAGAAUUAAGAAUGUGCAAUCAAGAAUGUGUGCUCUUUUAUUUGUCUCGAUUAUUCUGUGGUUUGUCUCCUGUGAUUGUCCAGUUUUAUUAAGUUAAUAUUGGUUGUUUUCCUUUUAGAGUUUAUACAUAAUGAAUUCUGCUGUGUAUAUUGUAUGACAUGAAGUGCAAGGGGUUAAUUUCUUACAGUUUAAGGCUCUUUGGUUUUUAUAUUUGUCCUUCUUGGUUCAGAUACAGCUUAGGGGAUGUAGCUAAGCUUCCCAGAUAAACGGAGAAGUCUGCAGUUCACAGACCAGUGGGUGAGCCAACUCAUCCACACAAGCUUAAUUAAAGACUAGCUGUAUUGUUUUAAAUAUAAGCUUGUCUUAAACAUUCAUUUAUGCACUGAGUAUCUACAUAACUAUGCCAUUAUUGAGUGUUGUAGAGGGUGACUGCUUGUCCUCCCUAUCCCUGUGGUGACAGACGUGUGGACUGUAAGAGACAUGUGGAGUGUGAGAGACGUGUGGACUGUGAGAGACGUGUGGACUGAGAAAGAUGUGUAGAGUGCAAGAGACGUGUGGAGUGCAAGAGACAUGUAGACUGUGAGAGACUUGUGGACUGAGAGAGACUUGUGGACUGAGAGACGUGGGUCUGGGGUGUACAUAAUGUAACGGUUUCUCUGCACAUCUUGAGUUAAUGGUAAGGCGUUUCCUCACAACACUUGGGUUACAUAGUAGUCUUGCAUGCACUCUUCUUGUUUUAAAGUGAUCACAUUAAGAAUAAUAUAUAUGUAUAUCUCCAUCUAUAAAAUAUGAAUUUAAAUCUUUUAUUUUGUUUAGAAAAUGAAAACUUGAUAUUAGUCUUGAGAAGUCCAUGGCAUAUUUCUAUAAUUUCUUUUGUAUUAUUGGCAGUGAUGUAUGUAUAUAUAUGGCCUAUUAUGAUAGUGUAAAUAUGAAUUAUAUAUUUCAGAUAUAAUGAG